AUGGGCUGGGGCAAGAAGAAGAAGAAGCCGAGCGCCGCGGACGACGCCGCGGCGGCCGGGGGCCGGCUCGAGAGCGCGGAGGAGCCCGCGGUGGUGGACGCGAGCGCGAGCGCGAAUGAUGCCGCGUCGAGAUCGUCGUCGAAGAAGAGCUCGUCGUCGUCGAGCGGCGGCGCCGGCGCGUCGAAAGCGCGGACGAAGGGCGCGAAGCUCCUGAGGGCGUCCGAGAUCGGCGAGGCGCUCGCGGUCCUCGAGGAAGGCCUGGACGAGUCCCCGCACGACUCCGUCGCGCUGCACGCGCUCAUCGCGCGAUGCCACGUCGCGAACCAAGACUGGGAGGCCGCGACGGACCACUUCGUCGCCGCGCUCGACGACGCGGGCGACGCGAUGAACCUCGACGCGUCGAACCGCAACAGCAACAACCCGCUCGACGCGGAGUUCUUCUACGCGAUGGGCGACGCGGCGUUCCGUCGCGGGAUGCACCCGGAGUGCGCGUUCGCGUACGAGUCCGCGCUCGAGUUUGGCGAGAAGCGAAUCCCAAAGAGCGUGUCCAUCUCUUUGGUGCACUUCCACUUGGGCGCGACGCGUCGCGCGCUCGGCGAUCACGACGCCGCGCGGGAGUCCUUCGCGAAGGUCACGAACCCGCUGGAGGUAUCCCUCGCGCGCGCGGACUUGAAGUGCGAGGAAGCGGCGUGCUUCGAGGCGAUGGGCCUCGUCGAGGAGGCGGAGCGAUGCGUGCGGGAGGCGGGGGAGGAUCCGAGCGGCCCGCCGGGUCCCUCGCUUUCAAUCCCGACGCACACACCUCGACGCCCGCCUUUCAACUCCGCUUCUGACGCCUUUCAACUCCACCCCGACGUUCAAACGCUCGUAUGGAACGACCCCAAGGCGGAGAACGUGUCGAAAGUGGCGUGGGCGCGGUGGCGCGAUAACCCGGACAGCUCGGACGCGGAGGCGCGCGCGAUCGAGGACCUGACCGCGUGCCUCGCGAAGCGGCCGCCGAUGCGCGCGAAGGACCAGGCGGAGACGCACGCGCGCCUCGGCGCGGUGUACGCGAAGAGGAAAGAGUAUCAGUCGGCGGAGAAACAUUUAGGCGCGUCGUGCGCGAAAGCGCCGGACAAUCAUCACGCGUGGCUUCAGCUCGGCGAGUUGUACAGGGAGACGAACCGCGACGAGAUGGCCAUGCGCGCGUUCACGAAGUGCGCGGAGAUCGACGAGAGAUGCGGCGGCGCGUACAGGGCGAUGGCGCAGAUGUUUGAAAAACACGGGCAAACGUCGAGGGCGAUGGCGAUGUACGAUAAGAUGGACCCGAACGACCCCAGGGUGCUGAAGCGCAAGGACGAGAUCUUGCUGAAGUGCGCGCUGCGCUUGCAGAGGGCGUUUCGCGGGCACAAGGCGCGGAAACAAAACGCGUUCAAAGGCGGCGGCGCGCGGCAAGUCGCGCGGAAUUACGGCGAGCGCGCGCCGCUUAGAGAUCCGGACGGCGAUAAGGCGCGUUCUAUACAACACUGGUCCCCAUACGACCGCGUUGGCGUGGUGAACGCCGAUCCUUAAGGACUUUUCCCGGCGCGUCUCUCCGCCCAUCCCUCGCUUUCAAUCCCCGCCCUCGACGCCUUUCAACUCCGCUUCUGACGCCUUUCAACCCCACCCCGAUAUCAUCGCUCGUAUGGAACGACCCAAAGAGCGUCAUAGGGUAUGGAGUCCGCGGGGGCUCCCUCGGCGCGCGCGGCGGGGGCGAGACGCUGACGCUGGAGCGGUUCGACCUCGGCGUGACGGCGUUCGGGAGCGCGAUUCCGCUCGCGAGGGAGGCGAACUUCAAGUGGCGGACGGUGUCGUUGCAGGACAAGGGACCGGGGAAGCACAAGCCGAGGGAACGGAAACCGCUCGGGUCGUCUUUCUUUUGACGACGCCAUUUAGCAGCUUUAGACGGACGGAUACAGUACCUUUACGAUAUAACUUAUACACUGAGUACU